AAGUCACUCUGCCAGAUGACACAGUUAUCUCACAAAUGGUUGGCAAGGGACAUAAACUCGCGGGAAAUAUGGCCGCGGAAAGCAGGCGAUAAGUUCGUGCGGUUUGUCUUCUAUACUCAAGUUUUGCAGUCGAGACCUGAUUUAUUAGGUAUUACUCUCUACCACCCUGGAUCCAGAUGAUAUGAUAACCGCCUGUGAUACCCAGGACUUUGCUCCUUUUGGGCGGGAAUAUUUGCGACACCAUCCAGGGCAGUUUCAGGUGCAGAAUUCAAAGCAUUUUGAUCAUGGUGUCCCACUUCUCAAGUCCUUCCGUGAAAUCUCGCUACAUGAUGCAGGCAAGAAAGAGCAGUGGCUGUUUUUUGGCGGUGGUGGAAAGACAGUCAAAAGUGGAGAGAAUGAGGAAAAGACCAGCAAAUGGCGAGAUGAGGAACUGUAUGUCAGUGGAUUGACUGUGGUAUGGAGCAAAGCAGGCCAAGAUGGUGUCAGAUCAGUUAUCAAAACAUUUACAAUGGAUUCACCAGUUCUUCAGGUUUUGUGGGCCACAUUUGUGCUACCUGACAACGAUACGAAAACAGAUAUUGGACCUGCACCACAAAGUAAAGAUGAACCACAAAAUGGCAUAUGUGUUGUGGAAUCCAGUUCUAUGACUUUCUUCACAGAUGCUGGUGGAGAGUACAGCACUGUCCUUCCAUUUCAGGUUUCACAGACGUGGCCCAUCAAAAAUGGCUUAUUGUUUCAAAGAGCUCUGUCCCCUUCAGAGCUUGCUGCCCCCAAGAAGAAUACACCUAAUCAAACAAUAAUAUUCAGUCUUUUUCAUCCACUUGAUGAUGUGUGUCCAGUUAUAAUGAAAACUUCAGGACCAGGUGGAUCCAAGCUCAGUUACAUGACAGACAGUGCACAGCAUAUCCUUUUCACUGCACAUGAACCAUCUCUUGCUCUUAUCUACGACACUGUGUUAGGCCUCCACUCCGCAUGGAGAGUCAGAAAGGCACGACCAGAGGAAUGUUCAGCUGUGGUAGUCAGUCUUGAGAAUACAAGCUUACUACAUCUGACACCACUGCUGGGUCACAACCAUUCCAACAGCAGCCACUCGCGUUUGCUGAACAGCAUUUCGGCUCCAUCGUCCAGCUUCUCCCCUAUGCGCAAUCUGUCUGAGAAGCUUUUUUCUCCGACCAGUCUUUUACGCUCCAGUCCUGUCUUGCCUCAUUUCACUUCUAGUCGCUCACAAUCACCUGUGUUAACAUCAGAGGCAGCACUUUACAGAUUUCACACACCUUCGCCACAAGUGCGGUCUGUGAACAACCUGUAUUCACGUACUCCAAAUAGUUCUUGUAACAGCUCAUUCUUGGAUAAUGAGAGCUACUUGGAGGGACCUGCUGCUCCCCAGCCUGAAAUAUGUUUGGAGCACCUUUGGACAGAACCAGUUCCUCCUAUCAGAGAUGGUCAUUUGGGUAAGGCAUCCAAGGUUUUCUUGUCUGAAGACUUUUGUGGGCAAUGGUAUCUCUGCUUCAUGGUACCCUACAGAAACCAGUUGAGAUGUGUAAAGUUUGAGGAGAGCAAUGAUCUGAGCCAGCUCAUUUUUGGCACUGUCACCAUUCUCCCUGCACGUGAUGCCUGUCCAGUGGAGUCCAUUGGCUUGAUAGUAGUCUUGGAGACCUCUGGCCUAAUAACUGUUUACACAGGGACAACAAAGAUCAGUCAUUUGCACAUCCCUCUCCUGCCACUGGGGUCCCACUCACUCAGUCUGGUACGAGCCACAACACCACAGGGAAGUCCCACACGUGGGGAAAUAUUCACCUCCAGCAGACCACCCAGUGCGGUGGAUGCUCGUUUUGAUGAAGAGAUGACACACUUGUCUCCAGUGCCCCAACAACUGGAAGGAACUCCUUCACACUUAGAGGGUUCCAUAGGAGACAGUGUACAUGGAAGCUCUUUGAUACAGAGCUUACAUAGUAACGUUCGCAACAAAAUAUGUGUGGAACUUCUUAAUGGUGAUUUGUACAGAACAACUCUUCCUAAGAUGUGCACUUCACCAGGCAUAAACCUGAGUCUCAAAGCACUCAAGCAUCUGCUGCCAAAAGAUGUAGCUCUGCAGCUGCUUGGGCGAUGGUACACCUUGCGCAACACACCAGGUGGCAUUGGGACCCAGGCAGAGUGGCAUGUCUUCCAACGCUGUUUGCUGGGGCUGAUGGGAUAUGAUACCACUCGUCUUGCUCUGACCAGCAAGCAUGAGCUGGACCGUUCAAUGUCCCCUGACAUGUCUGCCAAGCGUGCACGUCCUUCAGACCAAGGAGGAGAGGAGGACUGGGAGUAUCUGGUGAAUUCUAGUCAUCAUGCAUACGUCCUAAAUCAAACAGAAGGGAGCCUUGGUCUUGAAGGAAUGCUUGUGGUGCCAGACCAUUCUACCUACUCCAAGCCAUGCACAAUUGACACCAGUGCGCUGCUUUUCCAGCACUGUCCAGCCAUUCUCCUGGCCUUACAUCUGGUGUACGAGGAGCUUAAACUUAAUGUGCUGCUACAUGAAGAGGUUGAAUCGCUGGCACCAUUACUAUACCAGAUUGCAAGAGACCAACAUUGCCACUUCUACAGUGACCUUUAUUGUCGAGAUUUCCCUCAGCUCUUUGACCUUUAUGAUGACAUCAGCCAGAUCUCUGAAGAACAUCUUAGCAAGAUGCAAUACCCACAGGUGUUUCCACGGGAACCACCUUGUGUGUUGAGCUGGAUCUACCACAGUCUGUGUGGCACUCCUCAAAUGCCCCUUCUCUACAUCCCACUUGUUUGCUGCUCUACAGUUAAUGUCAUCUCAUUAUAUGCUGUACUGUUUAAUAAAGAGAUUUCAACAGAGCUGGCUGUUGAAAGGUGUUUGCGCAGGCUGGCCCCAGCAGGUCACAGAGCACCGACUGCUGACCUUUCUCUGUCUCGGAGUUUUCACAGCAGUCCCUAGGAGAACAUUGCUCAGCGUAUAAUACUCACCAUGACCCACCUUGGCAUAACCCAGCAAGAUUUGAACUGCCUUCCUGUGGGAGUGUCUUUACCUCUGAGGGAGGCAAUCUUGCGCUGUCGCUGUAAUCCUCCAUCUGACUGGUCUGAGAAAGAGUAUAAUUUAAUAGGACGCCAGGAUCUCUGCCAGCUGUUGCAUAAUCAUUCAUGGCAGCCAGACCAGGCUCGGGUCCCCACUUCCCACCCUGUUUCUGGCACUACCAAAGAUGAUGAGGAUGGCAUGGAGCACAUGGACUCAGAGCUACUAUCACUUCGGUGGAGUGAAGACCUGCGUGUGCAGGAAGUACGUCACAUGCUGCAGUCUGCACAUCCUGUACGCAUUGCUAUUGUACAGAGGCCAGAGGUCAGUGACCAUGACUUUAUAGAAGAGCAAGAGCGCCACCUGUAUUCCAUCUGCAUCCGCACUAUGGCUCUUCCUGUGGGAAGAGGAAUGUUCACUUUGUGUACUUAUGUUCCUCUCACCACUGAAGCUCUUCCCAUCCCAAAGCUGUGUUUGACUGGAAGAGCACCACCUAGGAAUACCACAGUUGAUCUGACUCGUGUUGAAGUUCCAGCCAAUAUGACCGCCUGGCCACAGUUUCACAAUGGGGUGGCUGCUGGUCUAAGAAUAGCCAAUUUCUCUCAGGUUGAGUCAGCAUGGAUCAUCUACAACAAACCCAAAAGUAAUGAACUGACCAAUGAGUAUGCAGGGUUCCUGAUGGCACUGGGGUUGAAUGGCCAUUUGCCUAACUUGAAUACUCUAAAUGUACAUGAUUACCUCAGCAAGGGACAUGAAAUGACCACCAUUGGGAUUCUGCUGGGACUAGCUGCAGCAAAACGUGGAACUAUGGACCUGGCUACCACAAAAGUGUUGAGUGUGCAUGUGCCAGCUCUAUUGCCACCAACAUCCACGGAGUUGAACAUUCCACAUAAUGUGCAGGUGGCUGCAGUAUUGGGGGUAGGCCUGGUCUACCAGGGUACUGCUCACUCGCACAUGGCUGAGGUGCUCCUGGCUGAGAUAGGUCGACCUCCAGGACCUGAAAUGGAGAACUGUAUUGAUCGUGAGUCCUACUCACUAGCUGCUGGUCUGGCCCUUGGACUGGUCAUGUUUGGGAAAGGAAAACAAGCUAUUGGACUUUCGAACCACAGUAUGGCAGACAUAUUGUGUCAUCUCAUGGUGGGAGGUCAAAAGCGACCUCUGCCUGGCAUUUAUAGAGAGCGAUUCAGAUCUCCAAGCUAUUUGAUCACGGAAGGAGACUGUGUCAAUGUGGAUGUGACUUCACCAGGUGCAACUCUGGCCCUUGGGAUGCUUUUCUUUCGCACUGGAAACAGUGCCAUAGCAGAGUGGCUGCAAGCUCCUGAUACACAAUUCAUGUUGGACCAGAUUCGUGCAGACUUCCUGCUUUUGAGGACACUGAGCAGAGGACUUGUGAUGUGGGACACAGUUGUACCCAGCAUGGAGUGGGUAGAGAGCAACAUUCCAGAGAUCAUCAGAAAGUAUUCUUUUAAACGAGGCCAGGAGGGAGAGGAAGAAGACGAGUCCAUAGAUUAUGAGACUAUGAGUCAAGCCUGGAUUAACAUUGUUGCUGCAAGUAGCAUGGUCCUUGGCCUUAAGUUUGCUGGAACAGCCAAUCGGGCUGCUUAUGACACACUGGUGGAGUGUGUACAGCGAACGAUGAUCAUCAUCAGCACACCAAGCAUGUGUGAACAGGCAGGAAAGAACAUCAUGGAAAAUUGCCUGAGUGUUGUUGUUACAGCACUUUCAAUGGUGAUGGCUGGUACUGGGGAUUUGUUUGUGUUGCGGCUGUGUCGCUUCUUGCGCAAGAGAGUUGGACUGACAUAUGGUGCUGGUUUUUAUGGCUCGCAUCUGGCUCAUGCCAUGGCCACAGGACUUCUAUUUUUGGGUGGUGGCAAGUACACAUUGAGUACAACACCAGAGUCAGUUGGAGCCAUGCUUAUUGCAUUCUUCCCCAGGUUCCCUAUUUCCAGUACGGACAACAAGUAUCAUCUACAAGCAUUUCGACAUCUAUAUGUGCUGGCUGCACAACCACGCAUUUUGAUCCCUCGUGAUGUGGACUCUGGUCGGGCUUGUUAUGUCCCAUUAAAGAUCAAAUUUAAGGACUGUGCAGAUUACCAAAAGGAAAGCUUUGAAGUGUAUGCCCCUUUCCUGCUGCCUGAGUUGGAGAAGAUUGAAGAGAUCAAAGUCCUGGGACCUCGAUACUGGCCAGUUGUCUUUCAUCGAGACAAAAACUGGGAUAAAAUCAAGAUGAUACUUCAGAGAGGUGGAGGGCUUUGUGUAAAGCAGAGAGCAGGUCAUCUGUCUUACACUGAAGAUCCAAAGGGUUACCGCAGCAUGUUGGCCAAGUCUCUCACAGCAGACCACUCUAGUCACUCAUCCACAAAACCUGAUGUCAUCAAAUCAUUUACUUCUGAUCCACACAUUAUUGCCUUGACUGAGUUUUUUCUGGGAUCAAAGGCAGACCUGGACACAAAGAUUGUUCAGGAGCUGUCAACUGUUGUCUACCAGUGUGUGAUGCAGGAGAAAGUUGAUGCCAUUUGCCCUCAUUUUGUCUUGGAGCAGCUGGCCCAGCAGUGCGCUCAUUGUGCUCAUACAGGAGGCAUGUGGCAGAUGAAGCUGUGUUUGGCCUAUAACAACUCAUCACACUGCCUUCAUAGACAGUGUGAGCCAACAACCACAUCAGUCAAUCUUCUUGAACAGCAGUUUCUGCUCAGUCUGUCUAGACAGAUAGAGGACCAAUUGGAUAGCUGGCGGAAUGAUAAUAUGACAAUAUUGAAACACUAUUUGUCUGGAGCUGCCAUGAAGGGUAAGGAGAUUGGGUACCUGUCACAAUAUUUGACAUGGUUUGACAUCCCACAACCAUCACAGCUGAGUCAACUGCCUGCUGCUUGCACACCCCCAGUCUGCUCUCUCUUAUGCAAUCCUUGCGCGGCACAGGCAUCCACACACUGGUGCAUCUUGAAGCAGUUUUGAAAACAGCAUGCUGAUCUUCAUCCAAUAUGGCAAUACCAGAUUAUGGAGAAAGUAUUCUGGAAAUUCCAGGACACAAAGAAAAUCACGUGUACACUGGUGUAUUAUAGUCAGAAACGAAACAUUCUUGAGAACGUUUAUCUUGCUUUGUGUCAUGAAUUUUAAAUUAGCAUUGUAAGAGUAUUGUGAGUAAACUGAAGUGUGACAAAUUAAAAAAAAAACUUUCAGUUGAA